AUGACUGCAGAAACUCUCUCACUUGAAGGCAAGACUGCCUUGAUCACUGGCUCGGGUAGAGAAAAUGGCAUCGGCGCUGCCAUUGCCAGAGCUUUUGCCCGGAACGGUGCAGCUGUUGCAAUCCACUAUGUCUCGGAGAGCUCCAAGGUGCGGGCUGAGAAGGUUGCAGCAGACAUUAGUCGGGAGUUUGGAACCAAAACUGCCGUUGUACAAGGAGCGGUGGAGAAAGCUAGCAAUGCGGCGAAGAUAGUCAAAGAAACCUUGGAAGGACUUGGCGCCUCCCACAUUGACAUUCUCGUGAAUAACGCUGGAUAUGGAAAUCCUAAAAGUCUCCUGGAGGCAACGCCAGAAUUGUUCGAAGCCGAAUUCGGCAUCAAUGUCUUUGGCUCAGUUUACCUAACACAAGCUGUCAUUGGACUAGGGAAAAUGCCUAGAGGCGGGCGUAUAAUCAAUGUCGGCUCUAUUGCCUCAAAACUUGGUCCUGAAGUCAGUGCAGUCUACGGCGCAUCAAAGGCUGCGCAAGACAGUCUCACGGCAUCCUGGGCUGGCCAGCUUGGCCGUAGCCGCGGAAUUACCGUUAACACCCUUGCCCCGGGGCCAAUCCUAACCGACAUGUCGAAACCGUUCUUGGAGGCAACUGAAGGAUCUUCAGCUGAUUUGAUGAAAGCGGUAGAGGCGGGGACGCGAGCUGAGGCACGAAUUGGGACAGUUGAGGACAUGGCCGACGCUGCGUUGCUCCUCGUUUCGGAGAAGAGCCGCUGGCUUACCGCUCAAUGGAUCUCGGUCAGCGGUGGAGUCACUGGGACUAUGUAA